GGGAAAGCCGCGAUGAGCGCAACAGCCGAUGUUGGAACAACGUCACCUGCUGCGGCGGGAAACACCCAAUUUCUGGCGACACCACGACAACAAAAUAGCGGAAAGAAGAAAAUGUCAUCGGCUGCGUCACUACGACACGUAUUGAGGUUAGAAUCAGCCAAGCGCCGGGCUGCGAAAAUAGAGGCGAGGAAAGAGAAGGAAUCAAGAAGGAAAAAGGAAGAAAUAGAUAUAGAUAUAGAAGCGCAAGCGGCUGAGAAGAAAGAAAUCUACAACGACCUCCACGACGAUCAACAUCAACAUCAUGACGAUUCCGUUCCUGGCGUUGACUUGGAUAACGUUAACGACCUGGAAGAUAAAGAAAACCAACCUGUAGAUUUGGACGACCUUGCAACUUCUGCUUACAAGAGAGGCGAAAAAAGCUCCAAGAAGAAUUUUGAAGACGACACUGAAGUUGGUGUGCUGAUCAACAAGCAUGAUCAACUGUUGCACAUGCUGAGUGAGUUUUUGUAUCUGCAGCAUAGAAAUUCUGCAACUGCGGCGUCAGCUAGCCACUUGACAGAAAAGGAAACACACGUCUUCAACAAGAAACAGGUGGACGAUAUUGUGCAAGCGGAAGGCGAGAAUAUGCCAAGAAUGCCAGAGACCAGCUCCUCCGGCCAACAUCUUUCAGUGCGCGAUGAUAUUAACGAGGGAAGAGAAGUCCUCGAGCAUGAUGAUGAUGUUUCGUUCUUUGCUGAUGAGGAAGUAGCUCCUCCUGGGCGUCGUGAUGGAACAGGUCUUCUGGAGAACAUUUCGGAGAUCGAGGCUAGCAUGGGCAAGGAGUUUCUCUACCACAGAAGUCCUGAACGAAGUACUACGAACAUGGCACAUCCUUUUCCUGAUAUUGGCGAAGAUGAUCAGGGUGAUGGCGUUGAAGAUUUAUUUCGAAGUAAAAGACACAAGGCGAACAAGCUGCCAAGAACGAUGAAGAGGAAGACCGUUACACACCGAGAUGCGAGAAGUGUAGACCACGAUGAGGUCAUCUCCGACGAGUACAGUCGCCACCCGAAGACGUCUUCUACCUCAGCACUUUCAGCUUCCAAACUCUACGACAUCACCCUCGCAAAGCUCGAGGAUCAAAUAAAGUUGCUUGCAUCAGAGAUACGAGCAUGUGGUGAUGAAGUAGUAGAAAGUAGUAGUACUAGAAGAACACAGCAUGCAGGUGGGAUGAAAGUUGCUCUUCCUCACGAAGGAGGCCGACUUCAGACUGGUGACAUACGCAUUCCACGGCAGAGAAAUUUAGUAACAUGA